AUGAACAUCAUGGAUUCUGAGGUAGUGCAGGUGGUAGAGUCGUCAUUUGUAGUGCCGAAGGAGCCGACACCACAGGAGGGGCUCUGGCUCUCUCCCCUAGACCUCAUUGCCGCCAACAGAGGCCACACUCCAACAGUCUACUUGUACAGCUCCAGCAACGUUGCCGCCGGCGACGAUGAUUUCUUCGACGUGGCCAGGCUCAAGGAGGCUAUGGCCAAGGCCUUGGUGGCCUUCUACCCCCUCGCUGGCCGCCUCGGCGUCGACGACGAUGGCAGGGUAGAGAUCACCUGCAACGGCGAGGGUGCAGUCUUUGUUGUCGCUCGGGCCGACCUCACAGUUGAUGACAUCAAGGACGACUUCAAGCCGGCACCGGAGCUGAGGAGGCUGUUUGUUCCACGCAUUGAGCCAACAUCCGUCAUAUUGGCCAUACAGGUGACUUUCCUGAAGUGUGGAGGUGUGGUGUUAGGGACGGCUCUCCACCACGUUGCCAUCGACGCCACAAGCGCGUUCCACUUCUUCCAAACGUGGUCGGCCUUCUCCAAGCAUGGCGACCGCGCUACCGUGGAGCUCCCGUUCCAUGACCGCACCCUCCUCCGUGCACGGUCCCCGCCUACCGUCCACCCUGACGCCCUCUCGAGGUUCUACCCUAAGCUCACCUUUUCGGACCCUUCAGGACCUCUUGCCGUCGAAGUCUUCGCCAUUUCCAAGGACCAAGUAGCCUCCCUAAAGAGCCUUUGUGGCGGCACAAGCACCUUCUGCGCCAUGAGCGCCCUCGUGUGGCAGUGCGCGCUCAUUGCACGUCGGCUUCCGCCCGAUUCCGAAACAUGCCUCACCUUCCCGGCCAAUGCCAGGCGCAGAGUGAGGCCGCCUCUCCCGAACCGCUACUUCGGCAACGCGUUGGUCAGGCUGGGUGUCACUGGUGCAGUGCGGGAUAUUGCCUCGGAGUCUCUAGCAUCCGUCGCCGGCCGCAUCAAAGACGCCAUCGAUCGGAUGGACGACGAGCUCGUGCGGUCUGCAGUCGACUACUGUGAGAUGGCCGAGGUGGACAACCGACCUAUGAAGGGCACCUUGCUGGAGACGGACCUGCAGAUUAUCAGCUGGCUCGGCGUGCCAAUGUACGAUGCAGAUUUCGGAUGGGGGAAACCAGGGGUGAUGUUGCGGGCGGAGUCCGUCCGUGGUGGAUUUGUGUACCUAAUGAGCGACGGGGUAGCAGACGACACCGGCAACGGCGGCGUCCGCGUGCUCAUGUGCAUGGAAGCUGCAAAUAUGAAGGAGCUCGAGCGGCUGAUUUACGAAAAACUCUAG